CAGCCUCUCCGCCUCCUCGCAACGCUUCCCCCACCCCGAGUCCUCGAUACACCUGCCGCCACCCGACAUGGGGAAGAGGCUGAGGUCGACACGGCCGCAGCAGUCCAAGCGAUCCAGCAAGGCGGCGGCGGUGUCCGACUCUGACGACGACGAGAUUGACGCCUUCCCCAAGCAGCGGGACGCCACCCCCCUCAACGCCGACGACUCGAGGGACCCAGAGGAGGAGGAUCCGGUGCAGCCUGUCAACGAUCUCGAGGGUGUUUCCGGCCAUGAAACUGAUGAUGGCGAAGAAGGCAAGGACGGCGAUGGAAGUGAUGACAGCGAAGGAGGUAAGGACGGCGACACGGACGCAGAUAAUUAUGAGGUAUGGGGCAAAAAAUAUGUGGCAAAAAUCAAGAGAGCGCACAAGGCAAUCCAACAAAUUUUUACCGGUGAUGAUAGUUCGGAUGAAUUUGAUUGGGGUAGCGGAAAUACAUUAUACUAUGAUGGCGAUGAGCAUGAUGCUGAUGAUCUUGACUGUGAAGAGACAAGGAGGAUACAAGCAGAGAAGGAUAGUAAGCUGUCAAUGAAAGAUUUCGGAUUAGACGACGAUGAUGAGGAGGGAAAAUCUAGCAACUUACUGGUUCUGGACAGAGUAAAACAGGGUGCUGAAGUAGGCAAAUUGACAAAGAAUGGGCCUUCUAAUGGGCACCAUGAAAUUGCCAAAAGGAAGAGCAAGGAUGAAGGAAAAAGGGCUGAGAAGGGGUUGAAGGAAAAAGGGUUGAAGCCAAAGUUGUCAAAAACCAGGGCAACCAAUAAUAGGAAAAAACUGCAGACAUUGGAUGACUUUGAUGAUGAAGUGCAGAAAUUUACUAUUCCUAACCUUUUUUCCCCCUCUUCUGGCCAUCAGUUCAAGUCUGUUUCUGGUGAUGAUGACAUUCCAAAGCGAGAUGAGAUUGGUGAAAGACGUCGAAAACACGAACUACGUGUUCUUGCUCGGGUAGGAACCAAUACGCGUGAAGAUAACAAGGACGGCGACGAUGAAGCAUCGGAGUCUGAAGAUGAAUUCUACAAAGAUGUCAAAAGGCAGAGGACCGAAAAGCGCUUGCGCAAAGAACAGAGCGCCCCUAUCAUCACUGAGCCGCUGGAGGAAGAAAGUGAAGGAGAUGGCAAGAGGAGGGGAAUCUCGCGCCAGAUCGAGAAGAACCGAGGGCUGACUCGCCCCAGAAACAAGAAGCUCAAGAACCCACGGACGAAAUACAGGGUCAAGAGUGAGAAGCAGCGUCUCAAGUGGAGAGGUCAAGGGCGUGGCGUGAAGAAGGCCUCUGGUCCAUACGGAGGAGAAAUGUCUGGCAUCAAUCCGAACGUCAGCCGUAGUGUUAGGUUCAAGGGUUGACGGCAUGCAUGAAAAUUUUGUUUGGGUUCAUUUGCGUGGGACAAUGAACAUUUCGUCUGAUGGUGAUUUGAGUUUGUAGUCGUAACAUUUUUCUGCAUUUGCACUGUUUAUACAGUUAAAAAUGUUGCAGCCGGUACGGUGGUUGCUUCAGAUGGUUGAUUGUGUUUGAUGAGGAUUGGAAGCAGAGGCGAGGUGGGGCUCAGUGAAAGUUUUUAGCUCCAACAUUUUAUUGUUAUAUGGUUAAAUUGCCUUGCACCCAAAUUUCCUCAUGUGCCUCCAACCUCCUGCCCUGGAGAGCCAAGGUUACACCAGGCAAUAGUUUUGCAACAGAGGGUUUAUAUCUGGUAGAGUUGUAGGCCUCCCUGGGUCCAUUCCAGGCCAGCAGCAAACUGCGCUGCAAUUGAUUGUCGAAUUAAUGCGUUUGUUUUCACACACAAAAAAGAAAAGAAUUGAUGUGUGUUCUGAGUUUGAUGCAGUGAAAGUUUCCAUGGUCAGCACUGGAAAAGAUGUGGGAUCCAGCUUUUGAUUGCUCCCAAUUGUCCUCCUGCCGGUACAAAAGCCAACCCCUGGAAAUUUUACUGUCAAGUGGUGAUAAUAUCCUUUGUAUGCUUGGUAUAAUGUUAAAAGGCUGACGUUCACUGGGAGUAAAGUCCCAGCGAACCCCUUCAGAGCCAUUUGAUCGAGAUCAAACAGUGCCGGUUUCACGAAAAAGUACCUUCACAAAAUAAAAACUGUCAACCCCUACAACUAAAGUUGCCACACCUCUACAACUAAAACUGCCACCCAAAUCAUUCGCAAAUGCCAUCCCCUCCUCUACAACUAAAACUGCCACCCAAAUUGUUUGCAAAUGUCAUCCCCUGCUGGCGAACGUUCGCCAGCUAUUGGGGUCCUUGUACGUUUUAGUUGAUGUAACAUGGCGCUCCUGGUGAGAACUUUUGAUCUGACUAGGCUUCUGUUCAUGAAUUAGACAAGGUACAUGUAAGCACAUGCAUCGAACCACAUGUGAGAGCUAUUUUAGCACCUUCAUCAUCUAAACCGCUUCAAAAUCACUGAAAUCGUAGCCCCCAGUUUGCAUCCAAUAGGUUCGGUGCAAGCUUUUGGCUCCGACACUUUGUCAUAUGGCACACAAUGCAAUUCAUUUAGAUUUCACAAGGCGCCUCUUUAUCUCAGGGCUUUCGGGGCAAAGGUUACAGCGGACCUUGGUUUUGCACCUCAAAAGUUACAGCAUUUAGCCCAACGAUUUGUUGCAUGGUACACACGUUGCCCUUCAUAUAGAUCCCCACAGGACGCCUCGUUAUCUCGAGGGCUUUGGGGGUAAAGUUACAGAAGACCAGCUUUCAAAAAACAAACAACAAA